AACUGUGCGAGAGAGCAAGCGAGAGGAGAGGAGCAUUUAUUGACUUGACUUCGGACGCUCUUUACCGUUUUUACUUCUUAUCGGUCAGAGGAAUUGUGUUUUCUUUGUUAUUACUACUCUAUAACAUAACACCUCAGUCAUGAGUUUGUUCGAUCAUAUCAAACGCAUGUACGAGCAAGAGCUUUACUCGAAUGUUGUUCAGCUGGUGUGCCUGGCACUGCCUUCCUCCCUGAUUGAUCAGGGUGAAGGUCUCUCCCCUCUACACAAGUACCAAACACUAGUGUACUCUGCAAACUCAUUCUUCCAUUUGCGCGACAUCAAACGAGCAGAAGCAUUCUACAAAAAGGCACUGCAGUACCGCAAGUCACUGGCCAAAGUUAAAGGAAAACAGCUAGACUUUCCCAGAGACUGCACUUCAGAAAUAGACGUCAAGUUCCAGUUGCACCUGUGCUAUGUGCACCACAAACAGUUCGGCCAGGCCACCGGCAUCCUGGAGUCGAUCCCGGCCAAACAGCGCACAGUCAAGGUGAACAUGGCGCUGGGUCGGCUGUACCAGCUGUGCGGCACCGAGCGGCCCGCCAUCACCGCCUACAAGGAGGUGCUGCGCGAGUGUCCGCUGGCCAUGGAGGCCGCCCAGGCGCUCCUCCAGAUGGGCGUCAAGGGCACGGAGGUGGCCUGCCUCAUGGUCAACGGCACCAGCAACGUGCCCAACAUGGAAUGGGUGUCGCUGUGGCUGCGCGCGCACGCGCACCUCAGUGCCCAGGAGUACGUGCAGUGCGCGCACACCCUGAAACAGCUGGACGAGCGCUCGCCGCUGCACGACAACGCUCAGAUGCUGGUGACGCUGGGGCGCGCGUUCUACUGCGGCGGCGACCAGCGGAACGCGGCCACCACGCUGCAGCGCGUCCGGCUGCUGGAGCCGCUGCUCUGCGACGGCAUGGACUUGCUGGCCGACAUCCUGCACCACGAGCGCAAGGCCAAGGAGCUCGAGGCGCUGGCCACGCAGCUGAUGUCCGUGGGCGCCGACGUGCAUCCGGAGCCCUGGAUCGCCAUGGCCUACCACACGCUGCUCGGAAAGCGGCCGCAGCGGGCGCUCUACUUUGCGCACAAGGCGUCGCUGCUGGCGCCGCGCAGCGUCGAGGCGCUCGUGCUCAAGGGGAACCUGCUGCUGGAGCUGAAGAAGACGCAGGAGGCGGUGGUGCACUUCCGCGAGGCAAUGCAGAUCGCCUCUUACCGCUACGAGCCGGUGCACGGCCUGGUGCAGUGCUACGUGCUGCUCAACCGGUGCAAAGAGGCCAUCGCGCUGGCUAACAGCGCCUGCAAGGAGAUGGGCUUCACGGCGCGCGCACUCACGCUUUACGCUAGUGUGAUGGUAAAGGAGCCGCUGUACCUGAGCAGAGUCCGCUCCUGUCUGGAGAAAGCCCUGGACAAGGACCCCAGCUACCUACCUGCCGCGUACCUUCUGGCGGAAAUUUACGAAAAGAGCAACCUGCCGGAGCUGGCGAUCGAGCUGCUGCGCCGCCAGGUGGCCACACACUCCACGUGCCGACUGCACCUGGCGCUGGCCGACCUGCUCGUCAGGGACCACGACGAGGCCAGCGCCCUGCACCACUACCAGAUCGCGCUCAACCUGGAUCCGACCAGCGAGCGGGCGCUGCGCUCCCUGCGGAGACUGGAGCAGGGCCCCGACCAGCCGGAGCGCUCGUACGAACUCGAUCCGGACGAGGUAGCCGAGUCGGAGAAUGACGAGGCCGUGGAGGACACGGACAGCGACCUCGGACAGAACUGGACAGAGAUGGACAUGACGUUCAGCUCGCAAUAGCACAGCGCAAUGCCGGCGAGGUAGGGUACAAUUGGGGCAGCGGACGGGUGACUUUGAACAGGGUCCGGCUGAUUUGGGCGGGACGGUAUCCUGUGAGGUGAUGUGACGUGAGGUUCUUCUGACGGUGACGUGAGUGAAUCAGAUGGUCGGACGGAAGUGAAUGAAGCGAAGUGGAGGUGGACGAUGAACAUGACUUCGCGUCGACCUGAUAAAGCCAUAUGAUAUUGCUUAUAUGUAAGUACGACACUCAUCGUCUCCUGUGGCCCGUUAUUACCUUUUUUCAACGGAAGAAACUGGGAGAUUGAUGCUUAUCUCAAAGCACAUCAUCAUCAGAUUCUUGUAUAUGUUGUUUAUAUUAUGUGCGUGGUAGUUGGUGGGUCAGCAGUGGUGUCGCUGGACCGCAACGGCCGGACCCGGGGCAGAAGUGCUCGUACCGUAGCUCUUCCUUCCAGAGGCUUUUCUAGCUCACUGCAUCGUUGUUGGAAUGUUCUGUGUCAUUUAAGUGAUGCGGAAGGGAAUUUCUGGUUAAUUACACCACCAUAAUCAUUGUACGAGAUGAACAUUGUUUGUCAGCUUUUCCGAUGCGUCUACGUGGGCAUUUGCUUUGUGCUUGCUAGGUCGGUGGUCGUCCUGUUUUGCGAUUGAUAAAUAAACGUGCUCAUAUUAA